AACAACAACAAAAAAAAACAGUGGGGGAUGUUUAAAGAGGUCAACUUCACUUCGUCCUGUUCCUGGAACUGCCUUCAUGUUUCUCAUCGACCCCUCUAGCUAGCUAAGUGAGUCAAAGAUCAAAAGGUAGAGAGAGGGCAGAUACAGAGGUGAAACAACAGUCCAGGGAUGCAGGCUUUUUCGACACUAUUGCAGCGUAUGUCUGCAAGGAAGGCCUCAAAGCAGCCGUCCCCCUGCAUCGCUGGGAAAAGUGCUUCGUCUGAACUAGAGAGCCAAUUGAAUAAAGACUCGGAGUCCUGCCUUCAGGCUAUCUCCAGUGGAACCCAGAGCGUGUCUGCAGAGCUGGCAAUGACUUCAAAGAUUCCCCACAGAGAAAAGGAGCCCCUGGCAUCCAGAUUACUCCCUGCAAAGGAUCGCAACGAUCACAGGUCUGAGCGUGUGAAACACAAAGGAUUAAAAGGAUCCACCCGUGGGCAAGCAAGCAAGCAAACACAAAGCCGAGACAUCCUGAAGAGCAACAGCAAGAUGAAACUCCUUUUCAACAACACAAACGUUGAGGAUGUCAUACACCCCAAAGCUGAGACUACGUUUGCCUUCCUGGCAAGUACUGACACUGUCCCACAUGUUCCCACAUGUGAUAUAGGCUCACCGUACAGUGAAUCUGAAGAAGAGGAAGAGGCAGAUUAUGACCCAUCAAGCUCCUUUCAGGGCACAUUUAGAGCGGCCGCCCAUCCAUGGCAAGUUUCUCGGUCAAGCUCAGCCUUCAGUUGCUUCUCUCACAGUUCACACUUAAGUACAUCAACAGUUUCACCUGUUGGUCGUCAUGGAUACCACCUUGGUCCUUUCCUGGAGCGAACAAGGCAACCUCAUGCGGCAUCACUGUUAUCUACCACUGACAAACUCAAUCAGGGUUUUGUAGGCUAUGUGAGUAGCACUCAGCGGACACACCAACAUCUCCAUAAGUUUCAAAGCAGCUGGCCAAGCAUAGCCUCAUCAUACAGGACUGUCGGCUUCUGUUCAGCUAUGUUUGCUGAGAAGCAAAGCUACUGUACCACUGACUUCAAAUCAAAGUCUUCUAAUGAGUCCUGCCAUCUAAGCGCCUCUGGACAGGUAGAUGAUCUGAAUGUGGAUGAUAUGACGACGUGUGGUGAUAUCAAAGAGCAAGUACCCAGUCAAGAAUGUCAAGAAGCCUGGGAAGGAGCUACUGCUGCCCAAAACGCUCAGUCUCUGAAGGAUAGCAGCAAAGAGAUUGUAUGCAGACCCAAACAAAGGUUAUUAGAUGAGUCAUCUGAUGAGGAAGAAGUGGAGCAAUGUCGAAUCUGCCACAGUGGCGAGAGUUCACCAACCAACCCACUGAUAUCACCGUGCCUGUGUUCAGGCAGUAUGCAGUUCGUUCACCUCGACUGCCUGAAGAAAUGGAUUAGGACAAAAAUCGAGUCAGGGUCAGGGCCCUAUACUGUCAAAAGAUGUGAACUUUGUAUGGGGAGGCUGACACUGGACCCGGAUACACUUCACUUGGACGAUUACUACAGAGAACAACAGGUACAGAUGGUGGCCAACCUUGACUUGUAUGAUCUUGAUGAUGUGUUUGGAAUGCUAAGGCGGCCAAGAUCUGUGCACGUUCCGAUAUGGUCAUUGCUUUCCAACCUAAGGAGAAGACUCCGAAGAAUCAGAGGGAGGAGGAACCCCUCACCACAGGAGACAUCUGACACUUGAUCCUCAGCCGUACUCCUUUUUUUUUUCCCACAUCUUUGCUGAUGUGGAACUAAACACACCCGUUUUACAAUAAACCACUAUGCAUCUAA